CAAUAAACAUUUUUCGGCCAUCUAUUUUUCCGGGCACUCUCGGCCGGGCUGCGAUCGCGACAAAGCCGCUCCCUCCGAUGGCGCCGCCCUCCGCCGCCGCGCCGCCGGCGCCGUCGCCGUCGCCGUCGUCCUCCCUAUCGCCUCCUCCGGUUCCGAUGGAGCUCCACGUCCGGAACCGCGACAAGCUCCUGAAGUCGCUCCGCCAGAGCCUCCGCGACGCGGGCCGCCCGCUCCACGGCUUCGUCUUCCUUCAGGGAGGGGAGGAGCAGGCGCGCCACGACACCGAUCACACCGAGCUCUUCAGGCAGGAGAGCUAUUUUGCUUAUUUAUUUGGAGUAAUAGAGCCUGGAUUUUUUGGAGCUAUUGAUAUCACGAGUGGAAACUCUCUGCUUUUUGUGCCUCGGCUACCCUCAGAGUAUGCUGUUUGGCUGGGAGAAAUAAAGCCUCUGUCAUUCUUUGAGGAAAAAUACAUGGUCAACAAGGUGUUUUAUACAGAUGAUAUUGUAAAGGUUCUCCAAGAGCAGUUCCAAGGACAGGGAAAACCUCUAUUGUUUCUCUUGCAUGGGCUUAACACUGAUAGUAACAAUUUUGCAAAACCAGCUGAGUUUGAGGGAGUGGAAAACUUCGCAACGGACUUGACUACCCUACAUCCUAUUUUGACCGAAUGUCGUGUUACAAAGUCCGAUCUGGAGCUUGCUGUAAUUCAGUUUGCCAAUGAUAUAAGCUCUGAAGCUCAUGUUGAGGUAAUGAGGAAGAUUAGGGUUGGCAUGAAAGAGUACCAACUAGAGAGCAUCUUUCUUCAUCACACAUAUAUGUACGGUGGGUGCCGCCACGGCUCAUACACGUGUAUUUGUGCCACUGGUGGAAACAGUGCUGUUCUUCACUAUGGGCAUGCAGCUGCUCCAAAUGACCGGGUAAGUUUUAAGCCUCCAUCUCCUGAAAUUGUUAAAUUUCGUUACUUGGGGCAAAAUGCCUGGCCUAAAGUAGGCAUUGCUCUAGGCAGAGGAUGUUCACUUAGGUAAAGUAGCAUGCAUUCA